AUGGAUGCCAGCAAGAAGUUUCGAGAGGCCUUCACGGAGCUCUUCAGAACCUUCUCUCCAGACCAAUUGAACGCGCUCACCAACUCAUUGGUGACGGUUGCCAAUGAGAAAGCGAUGAGUGGUGGCAGCAUUCCAGCUACGACCUCAUCUUUCCGUGUCGGCAAACUUCAAUCUUCGCGUACUGAUCGCCGCAAGGCUCUGCUCGACCGUAUCAAGCCAAAGCGUCCAUUGAAUGCGUUCAUCGCAUAUCGAACAUACUACAGCCCUCUCUUCAAGGGAAUCCCUCAGAAGCUGAAGUCUGGUCUCUUGCGACAGAUGUGGGGUGCAGAGAACAAGCAUGCGUUGUGGGCUCUUCUCGGCAGCGCUUAUUCGGAUCUCAGAGACCACCACGAAGAGACACUCUCCGUCGAAAAGUUCCUCUCCAUCACGGUCCCAUUGUUGCCAAUCAUACCUGCUGAGAAGUACCUGUCGAAGAUGGGCUGGAUUCUGUCAAGCGAUUGCGAAGAGCUUCACCGUGAUGCGGCUUUCAACGCAGAUGUCCUCGCUGCUGAAUACCCCACUGGAACCAACCGGUCCGUGGCUGACAUCGUUGAUCACUGCUACAAUCAUGGACUCAUGGACAGAGAUACACGCAGAGAUCGAGAGGAGUUCCGACAACAGGCUCUUCGCAAUGCAGGUUUCAUUCCAAGUACCCCUGCUGGCAAUCAAACCCCACCUCCCUCAUGCGGAACUCUGACGCUCGCAGUCACUCCUCAAUCUUCAACCACCAUGGAGACGGAGGCUAGCAGCAUGGACUCCUCCACAGAGGCAAUGAGCGAUGAGAGCGUCGGUGCAGGAGUUGGUGGUUUGCACGAAGGGGAGGAGGAACCUGAAAUUGAGCUUCAUGAUGCCAUCAUGAACAGCAACACCUACCUCUCUGUCGCUGCGGUCACAGCUGAUCAACAGACUGCCUUUGACAACAUUGACACUCUGGCUCUUCAUUUCCAUCCAGCAAUCCAGCCACCAGUUCUCGGCUUCGACCCUCGUGUCAUCCAAGACGACUUCGACCCAUUCGACUUGGACUUCAGCGAGCUCAUCAAUUACGAUGCGUGA